AUGAUGUUAUCUUGGAAGGCCUCUUGCGCUCCAUGUUCCAGGGGUGUCUUCAGGUCAAUCUCACAACACGACUCGUUAUCCUUGAUUCGAGCGCGGCCUUGGAAUUUGUCGCAUAAUGGAUAUAAGAGGUUAUACUCUACAGUUACAGAUGGCUCUCCUACCCGGACGUCUCUUUCUGUCCCCGCCUUGUCCCGGUUCAACGAUAUUGGCGUUCAGCAAUUGAGCGACUAUGUCCACGCCCAAGUUUUUCCGGCUAAAGGUCGUGUCCCGAAUCCCGAACUCGUCGCACUAUCGAAAGACCACCUUGCGCGCCAUGAGCUGCUGGGCAAAUCGCAGAGCGGCGCCAGCCCCAUCGCAUUCGAUCUUCCGGCCCUCAAGGGCAAAUCAUUGGAUGAACAUUUUUACAAACUGGGAAUGGAUUGUUCAGAGCCGUAUUUGACUUAUGCGAAAUCCUACGCCGCUCUUACCUGCCCGCCCAAGCCGCGCAAAUGGGUCAAACGCAGUGGAUGGACGAAAUAUCAUAAGGAUGGAACAUCGGAGCCUGUCGAAUCCCCGAACGAAUCAAUGCUCACUUUUGACACCGAGGUCAUGUACAAGGAGAAUUCGUUUGCAGUAAUGGCCUGCGCAGUAAGUCCAACGGCAUGGUACGCGUGGUUGUCGCCCUGGCUGCUUGGCGAAUCGGAAAACGAAGUGCAAUUGAUACCUUUGGGAGACCCCUCUCAGCCUCGCAUUGUGGUUGGACACAACAUUGGUUAUGACCGGGCGCGCAUCCUCGAGGAAUACGACAUGAAGCAAUCACAGAAUUUCUUCCUGGAUACCAUGUCUCUUCAUGUGGCAGUCAAUGGCAUGUGCUCGCAGCAGCGACCAACGUGGAUGCGACACAAGAAGAAUCAAGACUUGAAAGAUAAAAUCGCCAGCGAACAUGAGUCCGUGGAGCUUGCGGCACUUAUCGAGAACAACAUGUUAAGAGAGGAGGAGGAAGAACUUUGGGUCGGCCGGAGCUCAGUCAAUUCCCUACGGGAUGUUGCCAAGUUCCACUGCGAUGUCACCAUCGACAAGGCGCAAAGAGAUCUUUUCGGCGAGCUCGAUCGUGACGCCAUCAACAGCAGAUUGGAAGAGCUCCUAGAUUAUUGCGCCGCCGAUGUAGCCAUAACGCACCGCGUUUACCGCAAGGUCUUCCCCAACUACCUCGAAACCUGCCCGCAUCCUGUCAGUUUUGGUGCCCUCCGACAUUUGUCGUCUGUUAUCUUGCCAGUCAACGAAAGCUGGGGAGAGUAUCUUGCGCGCGCGGAGGAGACAUACCACACACGACUUGAGGGUGUCCAACGGAAACUGCAUGAACUCUGCGAUGAGGCAUUGAAACAUAAAGACCAUCCCGACAUUCACAUGGAAGACCCUUGGCUACGCCAGCUGGACUGGUCUGGGCAAGAGAUUAAAAUGGUGAAAGGGAAAAAGAAGAAUGACCCUCCUCGUCCCGCUGCCAGGCAGAAAAAACCCGGAAUGCCCAAAUGGUACAAGGAUCUCUUCCCGAGUAGUACCUCGGAUAUCAACCUGACUGUGCGAACCCGCAUUGCUCCCAUUCUACUCAAGCUAUCAUGGGAUGGUUUCCCUCUUGUUUGGUCUGACAAGCAUGGGUGGACAUUCCGUGUACCCCGCGACCAAGUCAAACAGUACGAUAAUCAACCCGUUGUGAAGUGCGAUAUGACCGAGGAAAAGAUCAUUCAGUUGCGGGAUGACAGACUGGCGACCUACUUCAAGAUUCCUCACAAGGAUGGCCCGCAGGCUCGAUGCACCAAUCCCUUGGGCAAAGGGUACAUGCAAUACUUUGAGCGUGGGAUACUCUCAUCCCAGUAUGAGCUUGCCAAGGAAGCGCUUGAAAUGAACGCAUCAUGCUCCUACUGGAUUAGUGCUCGAGAUCGAAUCAAGAGCCAGAUCGUGGUCUACGAAGACCAAGUGAAGAAUACCAAGACCGAAACAGAAGCGAACGGCAACCGCGUCGGCUUUAUUCUACCCCAGGUCAUUCCCAUGGGGACAAUUACCCGACGUGCGGUGGAAAACACUUGGCUUACGGCGAGCAACGCCAAGGCCAACCGCGUCGGUUCAGAGCUCAAAGCCAUGAUCAAGGCACCGCCGGGCUAUUCGUUUGUUGGUGCCGAUGUGGACUCUCAAGAAUUAUGGAUCGCAAGUCUUGUCGGAGAUGCGCCUUUCCAGAUUCAUGGGGGUAACGCCAUCGGGUUCAUGUGCUUAGAGGGCUCUAAAGCCGAGGGAACUGACCUCCACUCUCGCAGUGCUUCGAUUUUGGGAAUAUCGCGCAACGAUGCUAAAGUUUUCAAUUACGGUCGAAUCUAUGGGGCCGGUGUCAAGUUCGCUGCUACCUUACUUCGCCAAUUCAACCCGUCCCUCACUGAACGGCAAACCCAAGAAACUGCUCAGAAUCUUUACAAGGAGACCAAGGGCACUCGAACCUCACGUCGCUUGCUGAGCGAAACACCUUUCUGGCGGGGCGGCACGGAAUCCUUUGUAUUCAACAAGCUCGAAGAAUUCGCGGAUCAGGAGCGCCCUAGGACGCCUGCCCUAGGCGCUGGAAUCACCGAAGCACUUAUGAGGCGUUUUAUCAACAAGGGUAGUUUCAUGACGUCCCGCAUUAACUGGGCCAUUCAGUCGUCUGGUGUUGAUUACCUCCAUCUUUUGAUCGUUGGCAUGGACUAUCUCAUCCGACGAUUUGAGCUCAAGGCCCGGUUGGCAAUCACCGUCCACGAUGAAAUCCGCUAUCUUGUGAAGGACGAAGACAGAUAUCGCGCCGCGAUGGCUUUGCAAAUUGCCAACGUUUGGACUCGCGCUAUCUUCUCCCAGCAAGUGGGCAUCGAUGAUCUUCCACAAUCUUGCGCCUAUUUCUCAGCGGUCGACAUAGACCAUGUUCUUCGCAAGGAAGUCGACAUGGACUGUGUGACUCCCUCCCAUCCAUUCAAAAUCCCACAUGGCGAAACCCUCGACAUCGCUCAACUUUUGGAGAAGAACCAGGAGGCAUUCUUGGACCCCUCCAUCACCCCGAAGUCACCUCCCAAUCCCGACAAGUACAAUUAUACACCGCGAGAGUCAGUUAUGUCUGGCUUACAAGCCUCCAAUGAUGUUGAUUUCAUCAAAGCCCAGAUCACCAAAGAUGACAAAGAGCUUCGUGAAAUCAUCAAAGAGAAGACUCGAAUCGCCACUAGCUCCAGCACUCCGGCCUCCCGCUCCUCUUCCACUAAACCAAACACCAAGUCUACGCAACGGCCCUCCGCGAAACCACAGCGGGCGGUCCUGAUGGAUCUAGAGUCAGGCCUCUAUCCUGACUUCCACAGUCCUCCUCGAGCCAGCAUCUCCCAUGGGAACAAACAACCCCACAUGGGAUUCCAGCGUCCUUCGUGGAAGCCUCGGCCAUCUGCUCGAGCCUAG